ACGUUGCAUAGCAACCACUACAAAAAACAACGGGCGUCACGUUUUGAGAGCCACACAAAUAUUAAUUAGUUAACGUUAGUUAGCAACGUCGCUCUUCAUUUUCGGUUAGAAUUAUCAGAGUUAUCAGCACUUUCCAAGACAACACCUGUGAAUAUGUUGAGGAACAAGACGGAGCUAAAGACAGAAGGCUUCACCGUGAAGGCCACUAUGAAGAACUCCGUGGUGGUGGGUCCCCCGGCUGCAGGGGCUUUUCGGGAGCGCCCUUCCAAACCAACCACCUUCCGCAAGUUCUACGAGCGCGGAGAGUUCCCGAUGGCACUGGAGCAUGACACCAAAGGAAACCGCAUUGCAUGGAAGGUGGAGAUUGAGAAGCUAGACUACCACCACUACCUGCCUCUGUUCUUUGAUGGCUUAUGUGAGACUGUUCAUCCAUACGAGUUCUUCGCCCGCCAGGGAGUCCAUGACAUGCUGGAGCACGGAGGCCCCAAGAUCCAGCCCGUCAUUCCCCAGCUCAUCAUCCCCAUCAAAAAUGCCUUGAACACGAGGAACCGUCAGGUGAUCUGCACCACCCUGAAAGUCCUGCAGCAUCUGGUCAUGUCUGGGGACAUGGUGGGAGAGGCUCUUGUGCCAUACUACAGACAAAUCCUUCCCAUUCUCAACAUCUUCAAGAACAUGAACAUCAACUCUGGAGACGGCAUCGACUACAGUCAGCAGAAGAGAGAGAACAUCGGUGACCUGAUCCAGGAGACUCUGGAGGUGUUUGAGCGCUACGGAGGAGAGGACGCCUUCAUAAACAUCAAAUACAUGGUGCCCACCUACGAGUCCUGCAUGAUCAGUUGAGGGGGAGGUGGGGGGGGUGUCACCCUGACGUUGCACAGACUCUGGACUUUACCUCUUCUUCAUCUGCCCACCACCUCUAAAUAGAACUCUUAUCUUAUCCCUGUCUUUAUCCGGGCCGUCCCCUAAUCAACAGCUUCACUCCAUUUGUUCCCUUUUUCUUUCUGUUUUUCUUUCUUAUCCCACUGAGACGCAACCCUCCUUCGUCUGCUCAAACCCUCUCCUCCUACGUUUCUACCCCCUCUGCUCUCUACCAUAUCCUUUUAAACCCUUAUUAAAUUCAUAACAGCA